UCCGAGAGCCCUUGGGGACCAGUCCCUAACACUGGCAUCGGAUUUUAAACCAGCUUUUAGGCUUUUCGGCUGUAAGUGGCUCCCCCCAGAUUAUUACAGAGAAGAAAAACCCUGGAAUCUGAGACACAGACUCCAGAUACACUAUAAGCUUCUAGAAGAGGUGAUGGCUGUGGCCCUGGGCUGUGCAAUCCAGGCCUCCUUGAAUCAGGGCUCUGUGCUGCAAGAGUAUGACACCGACUGUGAAGUCUUCCGGCAGCGAUUCAGGCAGUUCCAGUACACAGAAGCUGCUGGACCUCAUGAAGCAUUCAACAAACUCUGGGAGCUUUGCUGUCAGUGGCUGAAGCCAAAGAUGCGUUCUAAGGAGCAGAUCCUGGAACUGCUUGUGCUAGAGCAGUUCUUAACUAUUCUGCCCACAGAAAUAGAGACAUGGGUGAGGGAGCACUGCCCAGACAAUAGAGAAAGAGUUGUGUCACUCAUUGAAGACUUACAGAGAGAGCUUGAAAUACCAGAACCUCAGAUUGACAUGGAUGACAUGCUCUUGGAAGAACUGGCACCAGUUGGAACAGUACCCAUGCCAACCAACUUGCACCUGGAGUCACCUGCACUCCAGGUAAUGGAACCUGUUCAGGAGCCCCCAGUGCCAGAGGCCUGGAUUCCACAAGCAGGGCCUCAGGAUCUGAACUUCAGUGCUGAUGGAGAAUGCCAGUCCUUUCUGGAUCCUGGUUAUCAGUUACCAAAGCUUGAUAUGAACUUCCCAUUGGAUCAUAGAGAAGAGACAUGGGUAAAAGAAUUGCAAGAUCCCAAAGAAAUGAAACAAUUACUUGAUUCCAAGAUUGGUUUUGAGAUGGGAAUAGAAAAUGAAGAAGAUACUUCAAAACAGAAAAAACUGGAAAAUAUGUACCCAUUUGUUGUAACUUUAGAAGGGAAUACUCUCGAUGGUCCUAUUUUGCAGAAGGAUUAUGUGCAGUUAGAAAAUCAGUGGGAACCACCCCCAGAGGAUUUACAGACAGAUUUAACAAAACUUGUAGAUCCUCAGAACCCCACUCUAGGAGAGACACCUGAAAACUCCAACUUGGAAGAACCUCUCAACCCAAAGCCUCCAAAGAAAAAGAGUCCUGGAGAAAAACCUCACCGAUGUCCUCAAUGUGGAAAAUGUUUUGCUCGGAAGUCACAACUUACCGGGCACCAGAGAAUUCAUUCAGGAGAGGAACCUCACAAAUGCCCUGAAUGCGGAAAAAGGUUUCUGCGCAGUUCUGACCUUUAUAGACAUCAGCGACUUCACACAGGAGAAAGACCUUAUGAAUGUACUGUAUGUAAAAAGCGAUUCACUCGGCGCUCACACCUUAUUGGCCACCAGAGAACCCAUUCUGAAGAAGAAACUUAUAAAUGUCUGGAGUGUGGGAAAAGCUUUUGUCAUGGAUCAAGUCUUAAAAGACACCUGAAAACUCAUACAGGUGAAAAACCUCAUAGAUGUCAUAAUUGUGGAAAAAGUUUUAGUCGGCUAACCGCGCUUACUUUGCACCAGAGAACACACACAGAAGAGAGACCUUUUAAAUGUAGUUAUUGUGGGAAAAGCUUUAGACAGAGACCAAGCCUCGUAAUCCACUUAAGAAUCCAUACAGGGGAAAAGCCAUACAAGUGUAAUCAUUGUUCCAAAAGCUUCAGGCAGCAAGCAGGCCUUAUUAUGCACCAGGUCACACAUUUUAGAGGACUUCUUUAAGAAUUGUUAAAGGAAACAGGUCCCAUCAAAAGUUAACACUAGCUCACAAACACUGUAGCCUGCACUAGCUGUUUGUCUUAGAAGUCUUUUGUCUGAACUUGUAAGUAUAACUUUGAGGGGUGCUAUUAUUAAAAAUCAUCUUUCAAGGCAUAUGAGUUCUAGAGUGUCCACCUAUUCUUGCAGUUUCUCUGAUUUUAAUAUAUUCUGUCUCUUUCUGUUUAAUUGCAAUGGAAAUUUUUGGUUUCAAGGCGGCUGUAUGAUAAGCAUAAGCACAAAGCAAAUAAAUGGUGGCAGUUGUUUAUAGGUAGGACCAAUAUAAUGGAUGAGUAAAGGUAUCUGUCACAGUACUACCACACUUGUUCUCCUGUAUAAUUAGUAAAGCAACCAUUAGAUAGAUGUGCCCCAAGUGGCUAGAAACGAGGCAAUGAAUUUUGUCCAGCAUAAUAAACAUGUUUCAGGGGGAUUAGGAUGAAGAGGAUGCCAUUGGCCUAAGGAGCAGGCUUGUUUCCAUUUACAGUUUUAUGCUUAGAGAAGUUGUGAUUUUAAGUUUGGAAUUUUAUGGAGUUUGCUGGUCUGCGUGGUUGGCUGUCUCUGGUGAUGGUGAUUAGAGUGGAGUAUUACAUUUAGAACUGUAUGGUAGGUCUAGCAGAAAUAACUUGCAGUUGAAGUCGUACAAGUAAAAUCUAAUUUUAUUUAGAUGGACUGAAGAACAAGUAUCCAUGGAUUUUCAUUCUGCUUUCAUAGUCUCUCAUGUUUAUUUCAGUGCUUUUGAAAUCUUGUCCAUUGUCUAAAUCAGUGUCUCUCUGAAUAUGUGUCGUAGAAUACUCUGUUCUGUAAGAUGUUCUGCAAAUAAUUUUGGGAAUUGCUUCUAGCUAUUUGUCCUUCCUAGACUCAUUAUGCUCGUCAGCAUAUGAGACUCUUGGAAAGGUUCUAAUUUAGUAAGGGAGAGGCUAAGGCACCUCUUGUAGCUCAGUGCUUUCCAAACUGAUUUGACCCCAGAACCUUUUAGUAGUAUUCCGCAAGUAUCCCUUAGGACACACUGCCUUAAAAAGGAUUUCUAUAGCUAUCAGUGUAGUCCUGUCACUCUAAAUCUAGUUAUUUGUAGUUUCAAUGACUUUAUGAAAAAUUAUUUGAAGAUAUAGAUCUUUUGUAUUAUACACACAUCAUUUCAUGGAUUAAAAUCAUCAAUUCACAUAAUUUGUGGGUUACUUAGUGAUUUGCAGCCUCUGAAUUUUAAUUAUACUUACACACAAACACACACAUACCAUUUUGAGGUGGCAAAGAUCACUAAUUCAGAUAAUUUAUGAAUUAUCUGGUGAUUCUUAACAUUCUUGAAUUUUACUUAUAAUAUCACACACACAAACACAUACAUACACAUACAGAGUUGCUACUUAUAUAAGUAUUCUCAUGUAAUCAUAGUAAUAAUUCAAAUCUCAUAGUAAGGGAGAAAGUCUCAUUAUCAAUCAAAGCUGUUGAUAUGUAAAAAUACUCAUUGAGCUUAGUCCUUGUUAUUAGAUUCAAGAAAUGGGACAUUCAAGUAUAUUCCCUUUAUGAGGAUAUGCAGUCAUCUUUCAAGUAGAACUAAGGAAAAUAUAUCUCUUCAUUGGAUUGAAGUUCUUGGAAGUGAUAUAUAAGUAUUUGGCGGGUAUGUAUUAUGUGCCUAACUUGUCCUGUUCUAGUCUUAAUGGAAGCUAGUAACAAAAUAUAAUUUGUGUGUAAGGCUCAUAAAGAGUUUAUAAUAUCUAUAGUUAAACAAGAGUUGGGAAACAAGUGGAAAACAAUACAAGAGACCUUGUAAUUAAGUGCCAAAUCCUUUAAAGUGCCAGAGCCAGGAUGUGUCUUUAAUUCUUGGCAUCCAGGUCCCUGUAUGAUGCUGCUAAUAAUUCUGGGAUGAAAAUUAGACCCCAGUAACAUAGGAGGAGUCUGAAUGUCGAGAUUAAAAAUACAGAAUGUAAUGGCUUCUCUCUCUCUCUUGUGGAAUAGCAUUCAAACCAGAACAGUGCCUUAGAAUGGAUGUGCCCAACUGCUCUGUAUUUAUAUACUAUUUUA